GCCACAUGUUUCCGAAAACCAACAUUUUUUUUUUUUUUGCCUUCCAUCAUUUAUCACUGUUUAAGCUCUCACGAAGUUGGGAGGCAGGUUUGAACAAAGGAUCAGAAAAUAUGGGGCUUCUCUUGUCCUCUUCUUUCUAGAGAGAGUGAAGUUAAUUAGGAAUCAUGCAUGGCGUUGACAAGCGAACGCCUUUUUGGUUCUGUCUAUACUUGUGAAGAAUGAUAACAAAUCCCAAUCGUAGCUUUUUGAUUUCGAAAUCUGCUUUCGAGGUCAAAGCAGUAGUAACACGGACAAUUUUGAAACAAACCCGGAAGAAGACGAAGAAGCGGUCAGAGAGAAAACACUCAGAUUUUGAUAUUCAAAGCUUUGGGGAGACAAAGGGUCCUUCCAUUUUCUUUUUUUCUUUUUUCUUUCCCAUUUUCGUUUAUAUAAUUUUUUAUGGGUUUUGAGGGUUUAAUUAGGAUCAAUAGUAGAAACUACAGCUGUGGGAGUGCAAGAGUUGUGGCUGAUAUUUCUCCACACAAUCGCUAUAUUUCUCCACCUGUUUCCACUCAACAGAAUAUGGAUGGCCCUGGUGGUGAUAUGGGUCUGAUUGGGGAAUUUGAUCAUAGUUUGAUUGGUAGAUUGAGGGAUGAUGAGUAUGAGAGUCGGUCCGGGAGCGAUAAUUUUGAAGGAAUUUCCAUUGACGAUCAGGAUGCUGGUGAUGAUCAGCCUCAGAGAAGAAAGAAAUAUCAUAGACACACUCCUAAUCAAAUUCAAGAGCUUGAAGCAUUUUUCAAGGAGUGUCCUCAUCCCGAUGAGAAGCAGAGGAUGGAACUUAGUAAGAGGCUAAAUUUGGAGAAUAAACAAGUCAAGUUCUGGUUUCAAAAUCGACGAACUCAAAUGAAGACUCAACUGGAACGCCAUGAAAAUCUAAUUCUCAGACAAGAAAACGAGAAACUCCGAGCUGAGAAUAGCAUGAUAAAGGAAGCCAUGUCGAACCCGAUGUGUAACAGAUGUGGUGGCCCAGCCAUUCCUGGUCAAAUUUCAUUUGAGGACCACCAUCUCAGAAUUGAAAAUGCUCGGCUGAAGGAUGAAUUGAAUCGAAUAUGUGCCUUGGCAAACAAGUUCCUGGGUAGGCCACUCUCAUCCUUGGCCAGCCCCACUGCUGUUAUGGGUUCAAAUUCUGGUCUUGAACUUGCUAUAGGAAGGAGCGAAAUUGGCAGCUCAAGCACUCUAGGUUCUUCUCUGCCAAUGGGGCUUGAUUUAGGAGAAGGUGUUUUGGGCACACCUUCUGCAAUGCCACGAAUUAGAUCGCCAAUGGGAAUGAUCGGAGGUGAAAUUCAGUUCGAUAGGUCUAUGCUCAUUGAUCUUGCACUAUCUGCUAUGGAGGAAUUAAUGAAGAUGGCUCAGGCAGAUAGCUCUCUCUGGAUUAAAAGUUUGGGUGGUGAGAAAGAGAUACUGGACCAUGAAGAGUAUGACAGGAUAAUUUCUCCCUCUAUUGGCCCGAAACCGGCUGGUUUUGUAACUGAAGCUACAAAGGAAACCGGGAUAGUCAUCAUUAACAGUUUAGCCCUCGUGGAGACAUUGAUGGACGCAACCCGGUGGGCGGAGAUGUUCCCAUCCUUGAUUGCUAGAGCUGCCACGGUUGAUGUAAUAUCAAAUGGUAUGGGUGGAACCAGAAAUGGUGCUUUGCAAGUGAUGCAUGCUGAGGUUCAACUACUUUCGCCACUCGUCCCAGUGCGUCAAUUGAGAUUUCUCCGGUUUUGCAAGCAGCAUACUGAAGGUGUAUGGGCUGUAGUUGAUGUUUCAAUUGAGAUUGGCCAUGGUGGAAUCAACAGCCACCCCUUCAUGGCCUGUAGGAGGCUUCCUUCAGGCUGCCUUGUGCAAGAUACGCCCAACGGUUAUUCUAAGGUUACAUGGGUUGAGCAUAUGCAAUAUGAUGAAAGUGUUGUUCACCAACUCUAUAGGCCAUUGCUUAAUUCCGGCUUCGGCUUUGGUGCUCAUAGGUGGAUCGCCACCCUUCAAAGGCAAUGUGAAUGCUUGGCAAUCCUCAUGUCCUCUUCUAUACCUAUUGAGGAUCAUACAGCUUUAAGCCAAGCUGGUAGGAGAAGCUUGUUGAAGCUGGCACAACGCAUGACCAAUAACUUCUGUUCUGGGGUUUGUUUAUCGUCGGCGCGCAAGUGGGACAGCCUUCACAUUGGCACUUUAAGCGAUGACGUGAAAGUGAUGACCCGGAAGAAUGUGGACGACCCCGGUGAGCCCCCUGGGAUUGUGCUGAGUGCUGCAACUUCUGUUUGGAUCCCGGUGUCCCGGGAAAAUCUGUUCAAUUUCCUGCGUGAUGAACAGCUGAGAAGUGAGUGGGACAUUUUGUCGAAUGGGGGACCGAUGCAGGAGAUGGUCCAUAUUGCUAAAGGUCAAGGAUCUGGAAAUUGUGUCUCCCUCCUUCGUGCCAGUGCUGUGAAUCCCAACGAGAGUAACAUGGUAAUUCUGCAAGAGACAUGGACUGAUCCGUCAUGCUCGGUGGUGGUGUACGCACCGGUCGACGUGCAAUCCUUGAAUGUCGUAAUGAGCGGCGGAGACUCCGCCUACGUCGCCCUCUUGCCUUCAGGUUUCGCCAUCCUUCCUGACGGCCGUCAAACAAGCUUCACCAGCAGUUUACUCAAAGGUUGCAGCCCCAACGGAUCCAGCGACCACCAAGGAAGCCUCCUGACAGUUGGGUUCCAGAUUCUGGUGAACAGCCUCCCAACGGCGAAGCUCACGGUGGAGUCUGUUGAGACAGUGAACAACCUCAUCUCAUGCACCAUUCAGAAGAUCAAAAGCUCCCUGCGAGUUGCAUGAUGAUUCUUUUGUUGUGUUUUGUGAUUUCACUUUUUUGGGUUUAUGAAACAUGAAGAGAUUGAUUGAAAGAGAAUCAAGAUGGUGUAAAUGGUAAUAUAGAGAGAUGAUAAUAGUGAAGGAGGAGGGUCGCGAAAAGGGAGGUUUCGAGUCAAGAACGAACCGCGAAGGAGGGGCUUCGUGAGGGGUUCGGGUAUUGACUCGUUGACCUGCGACAUUUGGGUCGCGUCUUGUCUUGUGUUGUGCAUGAAGAGAAUGAAGAAUUAUUGGUGA